AUGCGCAGUUCGUGCUUUUCGCUGCUCCUGAUAUCAGUUGCCUCGGGAACGAAUGCCCUGUCUCUUCAUAGGCGAGACGUUCCUGCUGUUGUUGAACUACCGGUCCAACGUCGCCACACUUCAGCCCAGUCUUUGCGAAAAAGAGAUUCCACGGUUGACCUGGCACUGACGAAUGCAGAGAUUCUUUACGUUGUCAACGUAACACUCGGAACUCCCCCGCAGCCAUUUUCACUCCAACUAGACACUGGUAGCAGUGACUUAUGGGUGAAUGCUGUCAAUCAAACCGUCCCAGGGCCCGCAUUUGACGCCAAAUCUUCGUCGACAUAUACAGCGUUAGAAAUUACCCUCAAUGACACAUAUGUUGAUAAAUCGACUGCUUUUGGCCCCUAUGGAACUGAUACCCUUGGGCUGGGAGGUGUAACCAUCGACGACUUUGAAUUCGAGAGCAUUCCUGGUGUUGCUGGACUUGCCGGAGUGGGAUACAAAACUAUCACGUCCGCAUCUGCGUUUGAUAAAAAACCCUACGACAAUCUCCCAUAUGCUCUCGCCGACAAGGGAAUAAUCAAGUCACCCGCAUACAGUCUCUGGUUGAAUGAUCUUAGGGCAAACUCUGGCACCAUCCUAUUCGGCGGCGUAAACAAGGCCAAGUACAUCGGCGAGCUCCAAACCCUACCUAUCAUUCCGAUAGGCAGUACUUAUGUAAACUUAGCCAUUGCCUUGACUGAAGUGUCCGUCCAAGGCAGCACUGGGUCUAACAGUUACACAACCAGCUUGCCACUACCAGUGACACUCGAUAGCGGCACCUCUCUUACACUCCUGCCAGAAUCCUUGGCCAAUAAUAUCCUCAAUGAGGUGAACGCAAGCUUCAACGCCACACUUCAACAAUCUGUUGUUGAUUGUGAGGUUGCGAAUAAAGAUUACAAUGUGACUUACAGUUUCUCUGGUGCGACAAUCACUGUUGGUAUUAAGGAACUAGUCGCGCCCGACCCUCAGAAUCGAUUACCAGAGAACACUUGUAUCUUUGGAAUUAUGCCAGGUUCUGAAUCAGAUGGCUCAUCGGCCCUUUUAGGAGAUACUUUUCUCCGCAGUGCGUAUGUCGUCUAUGAUCUUGGUAAUAAUGAGAUCUCCAUUGCCAACACGAAUUUUAACCCGGGUGACGAUGAUAUUCUGGAGAUCGGCACUGGCGUCACUGCAGUACCAGGUGCAACUCCGGUUACUUCUGCUAUUUCCAUUCUUGCAUCGCAAACACCGUCUAGCAGGGUAGUUCCGUCGAGUGCAACUGCUAUUCCAACUGCGACACAGUCGAGCACUGCUACACCAAAGCCUUCCACUGGCGCGGCGGCGAUCCCAUCAAUCAAUGCCAAAUAUCUUCUCUCUGGUCUCGCGGGUGUUGGUCUUCUUAUGGUAUAA